UGUAUGUGUAUAGCAUCUGAUUGAUUUCUGACACUCAAACUUUCGUUGGUAUCUAUCGAUGAUUGUGUUCAUCUUCUCUGACAGCGGCGAACUUGUCGUGUGUUCAAAGUGGGACGUUCGCUUUGGUAUGUUUUGGGUUAGCGUCAGCGAGACUCGGAAUUGGAAGGCUGCUUUCAUUCAGCGCGAAUUCAGGUAAACAUACUGUGCGCCGAUGCUUCGCAACUUCCGCUGGACGCAUCGAGACCGACAGAAGCCGAGUUGUAUCAUCCUACCCCACGGCACCCCACCCACCCAAGCCCAACUUGGCGAGCUACCCACCACCGCCUCGCCAAUCACCAUCCAAACGUAAGCCUGUGUCUGUGUGGGGCACUGAUAGUGAUGAUACAUACACUCGGCCCCGCGCGAGCGUGCGAGGAUCAUUGGGCACGCAACGCGCGGCCACUACCUGUCAACGACGCAGAUAGGCAGUGUACGUUCUGCAAGAUUGCAAGUGAAAGAUCUCGUGCGUAUCCAAAGUCUCGCGGCUACGCGAUCAGAUCAGAAGUCCUGGUCAACGUCGGUAGCGCGCGUCGCGUCACCACCGCGCCGUCGCUACCGAUGCCCGUGCUCGCUCAUAUCCGCUAGCAACGUGUACCUGCCUGUGAAGUGUAUAGACGGUAUGACGACACGCUCAUGACGAACAUACACGCCGGAAAUGAGCUCGGGUUUACGGGAGCGAACUCAUGAUGACCGUGGCGCGACAUGGAUCGCGAGAGUGUGGGGGAGUGUGGGCGUUGGCGCGGAAAUACAGUCUCGAUGCAGUCCAGAAUGCAUCUUGUUCAAUGCUCACCCGCGUCAGAACCUGACACGCGCCACCGCAAGUGGCAUCGGUGCGGUCAUAUUGCAAUUUCAGGACUGUUGUGCUCGCCAUGCACGGAGAGCCUCCCACGGAAUGUCUACACGUCCUGCUCGCAUCGUCGUUUGGCAAUCAAAGGACAAGGAGCUUGAGAGAAAGCGUGCGAGGUUGACGCGCACUUUGUUCCCAGAGCGGCAACUACCGAGGAGCGCGCCAAACCUCGCUGCCGCCGUCGGGGGCACUUCGGCGCUGGCGUUGAGAUCUCGAGUGCAAGACACUUGA